UGUUAGGUUACUGAAUAUUUUGAACUCUCGCGCCGCUGCCAUAUUAUUUCUGCCUAUUAGGUGGCAGCACGGGUUACUCUUCUAUUAAACAAGUCGGCACGAUGGCAGAUAAGGGUGCCAAGGUGGUGCCAAAGGCAGAGGGCAAGGCGCCCGAAAAGCAGAAGCGCACCAACAGGCCGCGCAACUACAACCUUGGCAAUGGUGUUUACCGGUUCAGCCGUAGCCGCAUGUACCACAAGAAGGCCCUGUGGAAGUUCGUCGGCAAGAAGACUACUAAGCCAGAGAAGCCCAAGAAGCCCACCCACGUGGAAAAGCCCAUCAAGGGCGACAACAACGGUGGCAAGCGUCUUGUGCUGCUGAAGAAGCGAAAGGCUUACUACCCAACCGUGGACGGCAUCAAGAAGAAGGCGUCCAAGAAGCUGUUCAGCAAGCACGUUCGCAACAUCAGGAGCACCCUGCAGCCUGGCACUGUUCUCAUCCUGCUCGCCGGUGUCCACAGAGGGAAGCGUGUUGUGCUCCUCAAAACCCUACGAAGCGGUCUCCUCCUUGUGACAGGUCCCUUCAAGGUCAAUGCCUGCCCUCUUCGCAGGGUUCACCAGAGGUUUGUCAUCGCCACCAGUUUGAGGCUGGACGUAUCCACGGUGAAGAUCCCCCUCCGCGUGAAUGAUGUCUACUUCAAGAGGCAAAAGAAAACUCAGCCCAAGAAGGAUGAAGGAGAAAUUUUUGAUGUCAAGAAAGAGACUUACAAGGCUUCUGACGUCCGAAAAGAGGAUCAAGAAAUUGUGGACAAACAGCUCUUGGAUGUUAUCCGCAAGAACUCAGAGAAGAAGAGCAUAUUCGCGUAUCUGGGUUCUAUGUUCGGUUUGAGAUCAGGACAGCUUCCUCACAAGAUGAAGUUCUGAAUCACCCAUUAAAGUUAAUAUGUCUUCACA